ACAAGCGUCUUAAAUGGAACCAUUCUGUUUGAGUUUGGAAUUUGCAUAUUCAGUGCAAUCUGCAUUCUUAACCAUGACCCUAAGCGGAUUAUUACUAAUUAUCUUAUCUUAAAAGUUGGCGGGGAGUUUUUUGUGUGUGGUUUUGUACAAGAGAUCAAAUCAAAUAGGCUACAUUGAAUGGUUAUUGGAGUAACGCGUACUUAACUGCUACUUAGCGUUUAGAGUUGGUGGAUCUGAAUAGCAUAGGACAUUCCAAGGGGGUCAAAGACGGGGUCAUGGAAUUUCUACUGCCAAGUUAGAUCGUAACAGAUAUCGGGCCCGACCAAAAAACGUGGAUUUUAAGAGUUUAUGAGGUCAUAAAAGGCGUUUCAAGUUACACCAAAUUGCUAUGUAUGAUACAGAACAAUGCUUUUUACAAUUUAUCAACAACAACCCGCAACACCACUGUAUACGAUACUGUAGUAAAAAUCAAAACGAUCAAAGCCUCGCUUCAAACUUCCACAAAUAUUAGUUCUAUUAUUUACGUUCAAAAUUUUAUCUCAACCAUAUGAAUAAGUGUUAUGUUAAUGUAGCUUACGAAGUGACAUACUUUCAUUAUCUGAAAUAUGGGAACCCGUUGUUAAUGGGUUCGACACAAAAGAGAACCCGUUCUUGAAACUUUGAAUAUCAUUACAUAUCAUUUUGAGUAUUGGAUCCACGAUUUUUUUAUCCAUUUUUAUUUGAAUAUUUUUUCAAAUAUAGUAAUAGGUAUUAUUAUUUAAACGUCCACCAUGGUGGUGUCUAUGGGCGGAAUCGGUUCGAUAUUCACUUCCGUACAGAACACAGUGAAGACAAGCUCUGGAUCUGCGAUAAAUAUUGUGAUCUGUCUCGUCACUGUCGGGUCGGAGCAGUUAUUCAGUUUCGCUGCGUUCAAUUGUCCUUGCCCAGACCAUGGAGUGAAUGAAACUUCCAUUCCGGUUCAACAGAACUACCUCUACGGCUGGGUCUUCAUUCUUGUUCCAGCAUUCGCUCUUUUCAUCUUGGGUUACGCUAUGAAUAUAAAGACGUGGAAACUCAUGACAGGUUGCUGCCGAAGAAGCUCCAAAGCAGCGAGAGGAUAUGGGGCUGGAUGUGUAACAAUAUUGGAAGUCUACGUACAGGCAAUGGUGGCACCUUUAGCAUGGAUGUCCGUGGCAUUUCUGGACGGGAAAUAUUUUGCAUGCGCAGUUUCAAAAGAUCCGUAUAAAAACAACUGUGAUGAUGUACUGACAAGAAAGUUAACUACAACCACUGCCGAAUUCGAAGCGAACAAGCGGAAAUCCCAAAUUAUCGGAUGGUGUCUGAUCGCGUUCACGCUCUUUCUAGGAUCAAUCUUUUAUAUGAUUCACAGAUGCCUCUCACCUUUGACCUAUCACCAUCGGAAGUAUGCAAGAUGGUACCGGGAACUGGAAUCUGACGCAUUCGAGAAGAAGGCAAAGGAGCAGAUCAGAGCAGAGGUAGAGAAAGAGACCGUUGCCAGAUUUUUGCAAAAGAAACGCAACAAGGACCAUUGGGACAAGAUUUCAACCGUUUUCAACUUCACGAGAGAUAAAUAUAAUUAUGCGUUGUAUAGUCGUCUUGACGAAUGGAAUGAGAAGAAUAAAUCCGAAAAACUCCUCGGAAGUGACGUCACGAAACCUCCAGUGAAUGACGUCAUGAGUAGUGAAGAUGAAUCAUCGUUAGAAACAACGACAACCCCAAAGCCGCAAGAAAAGCCGAAAAUCCCAGGAAAAGUUGAAAAGUGUGUCGGAAAUAACAUGGAAAUGAAACAGAUAAUUCCGAAGAUUUCGCCGCCACCCGGUAACAAAAACGCGGGAAAACGUCGUCUGUCGUCUUCCGGGAUUGAAGACAAUUGUUCCUUCACUACGUCACGACAAACACCAGAUAUGACGUCACGACAAACACCAGAUACGACGUCACGGCAAACGUCAGAUAUGACGUCACGACAAACGCCGGAUAUGACGUCUGAUACCGCAGCGUUGGAAUUGGCUGCGCAUCAAAAGCAAGUAAUGCCUCCGUCUUAUGGAUCAAAUGAUAUGACGUCACAGGGUGCCCAUCUUUUGACGCCACAACAUACUGAAGCAUCGAUAUACGAUAAUGACGUAGCACAUAACACUGACGUCACUGAGCAGAGAUACAAAUCAAUGCCAGAUAUUUAUACAAAAACAAAAUCAACUUUAAAGAACGGGAAAGUUCAUAUAAAGUCCGCCAGUAAAGAGCCAUUUUUAGAAGACGAUGACGACGUCACAUCUUGAUGACGUCCUAAACAUCAUUGUGUGUAUUUUUUACUGACUUUUGAGUGAUGCAUAUAAGAUGAAAAAAUAAUCUUAACUAUGGGUCCCAAUCCGGAAUAACCAAAUUGUAUCUGUACCACCCCCUUACCGUGCCAUAUAAUCAAGUCGUCAAAAAUAUAUAAAAAAAAAAAGGCCAUGCGUCUGGAAGGAUUAUCUGUUUAACAAUUUUCAUGCCCGACUUGGCCUGGUAACCGGGAAAGUGACCGUUUAUCAUUAUGAUCAAGGCUUCCCUUCCCCAGGAUAAAUAUAGGAAUCCUAACCUACGAUUAAUUCGUCUAAUCGACUUCCCAUUAACCCCAUCUAAAUAUUAAAACCCCACGCCUUUAGGACCCAAUAGCGCAUUUUAUCAUGGCAAAGUUCAAAAUAUAUUAUUUUCACUUAUGAAAGUAUUCGUAAAAUAAGACUGAAAUUUGUGUUAGUGUGCAGAACUCCUCCUGAAUCACGGAUUUUCUAGCGCUAAGGCCCAGUUCACCGUUUUCCAACGAGUUGGUCACGGCCCUUUGCUGGGUUCUAGAAACAUAUUCACGUGGGCUACAAAUCUAUGAAAAAUUGCUGAUUGAGUGUUUGAUUGAUAUUGAUUGUAUCAGCAAUGAAUGAUGAUGCUGUUUUCUGCUACUGAGUGGUAAUUUACAUUUAAAUUAUUGAAGUGUUUUUUUUUUACGGAAAGAAAAUUUCGUUUUUUCUUGUAGGGCCACGGAAUUUUUGAGCAACGAAAAUAGGCCACGAAAAAAAAAUGAUAGAAAACGACUGACCUAGUUAUUGUUCUACAGACUUCACGACCAACUUUGUGAACUUUCUGUGGCCCCUGAGGAACUGAAACAAAAAUAAAUUUAAUAUUACAAAAAAUAUUAAAACUGACAGAAUCUUUAAUGAGAUUGAUGUGCAUUCAUAUUCUUUCACAAAGUACUUGAUCGUGACCCUAUUAUUUCGAUGAUGGUGCGUCUUAGUACGGAUUCCAAAUUAAUGGAUAUUUUGUUUUAACAUAAGUUAGUGUCGAAAAAGAUUUUUCUGCAACCCCAAUAAACCCUUUCGAUGUCCACCGGGGGUCGGGAAACCCAGUUUGAAAAGCCACGCCCCAGAAAGAGGAUGGGGAGUUAGUCUGACGUAACCCCAACUCAUGUCCACAUAGCUCAACGAUCUUUCCGAAUAAAUCUUUAAUUUUAAUAAUUUAUAUUAUUCUUACACUUUCUUUUUAUUAUUUAUAAUCAGUUUUCUAUUAAAAGUGAGUUUGUUCGUUUUUUGUUAGAGAAUAUCGGGGGUACCGUUCCAAGCGUACCGUGGUUAAACGAUAGUCACGUUUUUUCUCAUUGUUCUAAACGUCACCGGGGCACUUCUGAAAUUAAUAAUUGUUAUUCGGUUUAACGUGUUUACGUUUUUUUUAAAUGAGCAAUUAAGCUCUUCAUUCAUUACCAACAAGGUUUCUGAACGUCACUCACUUACCUCUGAAACUAAGAAUGAUUUAUAGUUUACCGUACCGUGGUUUCAGUUUCGACAAACCGUAAUAAAUGAUAAUUUAUCAGUUUUUCUUAAAAAAAAAACAUGGUUUCUCAUCACAGACAAGGGCUCCUGAGCGUCAUCGAAGCACUGCUGAAAUCAAGAUUUGAUUGGUAAACCGUAUUUGAGUUUGACAAAUUGCAAUAUAUUGGUUGACCGUUCUUUCUAUUUUAUUGAAUACACAAAUAAGAUUUUUCUCGUUGCCGACAAGUGUUGCUUCCUUCGACACAUCGUAAUUAAUGACAAUUUAUCAUCUUUUUUUUGUUAAAUAAACAAACAAAACUCC